UCUCAGCUGGUAUCAGCGGGAUAGCAGCAAACGAUGGAAGACUCGCCCAGAUGUUGAACCUAGGCUACGCCUUUCCGUUUGCGUAGCGUAUGUAAACUCAGGUCAUGCUGUAUAAGAAGCCAGUAUUAAUAUUCCCGUCCAUGCCGAAUUUCAAUGGCAGAACGAAAGCAGUUGCAAUUCUGCCACGUCGGGUAUCGGUCAAACGUGCAACGAAUGUGGAAAGAGACUACCACUUCUACCAUCCAGCCCUAAUAAUACAGACUUGCAGAAACCCAACAUGAAGUUCUGUGCAAGACAACUUUCUGAGCGGAAGAUAUUGGUGGAUAUUUUAGCCAUUCUUUUUGGCAUUGGAACCUGGAUUGCAGUAAAUGGACUGUUUGUCCAGCUGCCUCUGCUUGUGCAGACACAACCUGAAGGAUGGAAUCUCCCAUCAUACAUAUGUAUUAUUAUACAAAUUGCAAACAUUGGACCUUUAUUGUAUGCAAUUCUGCAGAAAACCUUUCCAGGAGUAUUAAGGGAUAGUAUCAUAAUAUAUGCAAUACUCUUAAUUGGAACUGUUGCUCUUUUGUUACUGCCAUUCCUCUACAAAGAGACUACUUACAUCGAUGGUGAAGAGCACAGCACAGCACUGCUUGCACUUUCAUUUUUUAUUGCUUUAGUGGGCUGUACAAGUUCAGUACUCUUUAUGCCUUUUAUGAGAAACUAUAAAGAAAUGUAUUUGAUUUCUUAUUUUGUUGGAGAAGGACUUAGUGGGUUUCUACCAAGCAUUGUGGCUCUAGUACAAGGGGUAGGAGGAAAUCCUAUUUGCGUGAAUCAGACUCUCACAAAUUCAAGUAAUCAAAAUGGAAAUUCAGAGGUUACUCUUGUUCCAUACACGCCACCUCCAAAUUUUUCGACAACAGCUUUUCUUUUCUUCCUUUUUGGAACACUUUUCAUCAGUACUAUUUCUUUCGCAUUACUGAAUAAUCUACAGACGUGCAAAGAUGAGAAAGUUCCUUCUCCAGAUAAAAACACCUCACGACAGAGAGAGAAAGCAUCAGAUACACAAGAAGAGUCAGGUCUUAAUGAUGGACUAUUAAGUCAACAAAGUGCAUGUGAAGAAUUGAAAGAUCUCUGUACAACACCUACAACAGAAGUGUUCCAGCAACCAAGAGAGAUGAUGGCAGUAACAGCAACAUUAUCACCCUGUAGUUAUUAUUGUUUGAUGUUCUUGAUGGCAUGGGUUUGUGCUUUUGGAAAUGGAAUAUUCCCAAGCAUUCAGUCAUAUUCUUGCUUACCGUAUGGCAACAUAGCGUACCAUCUGUCUGUCACAUUGUCAAGCAUGGCUAAUCCAGUGGCAUGCUUUCUCGGAUUUUUCCUGCCAUACUCCUCAAUCAGGGCGAUAUCAUUCCUAACAGCAUUCAGUACUGUUUUUGCAAUAUACAUAGGUAUUACUGCAGUCAUGAGCCCUACACCUCCGCUAGUUGGAUAUCCGAGUGGAGAAUUCCUUGUGGUUACUUCAUGGAUCCUUUUCACGGGAGGCAUUUCCUAUAUCAAGAUGUCAAUAGCAUCUCUGUUUCGCCGAGAGGAAGGUCGAGCUUUGGUCUGGUGUGGUGCAGCACAACAAAUGGGUUCUGCUGUUGGAUCUGUUGUUAUUUUCAUCUUAGUUAAUUAUUCAGACAUUUUUCACUCUUACAGCCCAUGCUGACACCAAGUUGAAAUUAUGUCUCAAGUUUUAAACUCCUGUACAAAGAUCAGUAUUAUACAUUUGCCUGUAUGAGUAUUAUGACUGGUUAUGCGAUGACUUUUGUAGUGUGUUGUGUAUGAAAUUUUUUUUACAUGUAAAAUAAAUUAUUCUUUUUUA